AUGCCUCUCAUGAUAUUAAUUGAGUCUUCAAAAAUGAACUUUGAGCAAAAAUAAUCAAUAAAACAGUUUUCCUGUUGUCCGUGACGCGAAUAAAAAAAAAGAUAUGCUGAUCGUUUUAGGACCCUUUCUUGGGCGCGUAUAUUUCGCGCGCUAAUGCGAAUUUUGCUGAGUUUAUUUCUUAUUAAUUUAUUUUUGUUUAAAAGGAAUUUCACGUUCAAAAAGUUACUUUCAAUGCUUUCAGGUGGCGUUCCCAUGAUGUUUUAGAAGUAAGUGACGAUUCUGGUAGCUUUAUAUCAAUCUCAAAUUGCGAAGUUAUAAUAUUUUAAAUACAUCAUUUGAUAUUUUAGUUUUAGAUGGGUGGAAGAAAGUCGAGUAAACGGAAUAAAACAAAAACUAAUACUAUCAAUACAAAAAAAGGAAGCGAGAAUUCUAAAACGUCGCUGCUACGAGGUUCUGGCGUUUUCGAGUAAGUUAAAGAGCUUACCGUUUUUUUUUUUGAUGUUUCAACUAAAACUCUCAUUCAGAUUCUCUAAUGGAAUGAAGCAAAAGCUUAAUGAAGCGGCUGUUGACGUUAAAGAAAAUAUUCCAAUUUCUCGAACAGCUUUAAAUACAAAACUCCCUGAAGACGUUAACACUUUUCCGAGAAGGAAGCGUCGAUCUUCUCAGGUUCGUAUAACAGGGUUUUACUGUUUUCUGAUUCUGUAAAGUUUUCACUAUUAAGCAUUUUACAGUGGAAGACUUUUGCGAAAUAUUGGUUUUAGGCGCGAUUGUGAUAAUCGAAAACUUUGAAAUCAUAUUCAGCUUUAUAGAAGACGUAGUCGCUUUUCAAGUUUGGUAAAGGAAUAGUCUCUAAUGCUGUUUAUGAUAAACUGAACAUCCUUUUUCCCAUUGAUUCUAUUUUUUGCAUCGAAAAUUUUGAAGACGUAGAAUUUUCGUUUUCUCUACUGCUUUUUUUAUUCCUGAAAACCUCGAAACUGCUCAAUUGCCGUUUUCCAAGUAAUUUCGCGGAAUCAAAAUAUAUUUCUAGAUUUCCAAAAUUUAAUUUUUUUUAUUGAAAAAAAUUUUUUUAUUAUUCUUUGACGGGUAUUUUAAAUUUAGCGGAAUCAGUUUAAUCAUAGAAAAUUUCUUAUAUUUUUGAUAACUUCAAACUAAAAUUUAGUUUAGAAUACGAAAAAAAGUAUAUAUUAUAUAUUUGCUCUACAAUUAUAUUGUUUUCAGAUGGGCCCAGCUCCUAAAAGACCUUCAAUAGAGAAGGAGGAGGAAGAGGAAAGCAAGAUAAUCGGAGAUUCCCUUCUUCAAGCUGUGAACAGCGUAAAAACGACUGAUUCUUCUUGUUCAAGUAAUUUCUUCCAUGUUGAAUUCGAAUUUUUAUCAACUGCAAUAAUUUUUUCAGCAUCCAAAACGAAAGAAAUAGUCUCCAGACGCCGCCCACCUAGUCGUCCUUUACCAAUUGUUGAAGAAGACGAGGUUUUGAAGAUUUCUCUCACAUAUAGUAUGAUAAAAAGUAUUUUCUGUGUUUGAAAAUAACGGCGAAUUUUGAGCGAACGGCUUCUUAUAGUUCUGAAAAGGCGUGAAUUUAAUCAGAUAGCCUUGAUUUUUCUCAAAACUCCAACAGUUUCUUAUUUUUCAAAAAGCAAAAAAAAGGGGGACAAACAAUGUAUAAAUGAUAAAUAGAAUCAAGGACAUGGCAAAACACUCAUUAAAGCAAAUUUUCAUUUGAAUGUUUAAGGUUUUCUCUGGAGAAAACGAAGAUUGUGUAGAGGAAAGGCGUGAAGGACUCUCGUCCAGCUUGAGCACCGAGGAUGUUGAAGAAGAGCAUCUGGAAGAUGAGGAUGACGAACCGCCUGGUCACAUUUUUUUUCCUUUUCAACCAAUAAAUUUGCUUUCUCGUCUUUCAGAACCUCUACAGAACCCAAAUUUCGAAAAAAUGGAACGCGCUUUGAACGAGGAAAGGAAGGGCGAAGUUCUUUUCGUCCCACCUCAACUCUCCCGAGUUCAGAGCUACGGUUCUCCCAAAAAGGUGACCUAAAAUGAGAUUUCCCCUAUGGAAAAUACGCUCCCCAGGUCUGGUCGCUUUUGGUGCGUCGUGAUGAAAUUCCGAGGCCGACGCAGAAUCUGAUGAGAGAUCACCCCCAAAUGAGCCCCAACACGAGAGCCGUUCUGGUCGAUUGGAUGAUGGAAGUGAGUAUUUCAGUUAUUGCUCUCCACGCCGUUUUUGUUAGUGGGAAAAAAAAACCAAAAAUGAAGAAAGCGGACCCGAAACACUCAUGUGACGUCAUGUGAAAAAAGCGUAAACAGCAGGGAAUAUUAAAGGCGCAUGUCCAAUGGGUCAUGAGACGAAUCUUUUUGUCAUUUGAAAAAAAAAAUGCAAUUUUUCUGUUGCUGUUUUCAAAGUGAUUCCGCGAAAUCCAAAAUAGCCGUUAGAAAGUGAAAAAUGUAACGGAAUUUCGGAAAUUCAGAGAGCAUUUUGAACUUUCCGAAAAUUACUUUGAACACGGCAUGUGCGAGAGCGUCGCGGUGCAUGCACACGAUACACUACACUUUGCGGAAAAAUUUGGGCGUGGUGUCGUCAAAAAAACGCCGUGCCUCCAUAUCACAAAAGACUGAAAUGAUCAUUUUUAUUCGAUCUCAAUUUUUUUUUUCCAAUUUGAGGUUUGCGAAACUGAACGACAGCAUCGUGAGACGUUCCACUUGGCGGUUGAUUACGUAGACAGAUUUUUGGAAUCAGGAAUCCAAGAAGUCACCCCGAAAACCUUCCAAUUGGUCGGAACCACCGCUCUGUUCAUUGCGAGCAAAUACGAAGUUGGCGAUCUUUUAUUCGCAUAUUAAGAAACGUUUCCUUCAGGAAAUUUAUCCACCCAAAUGCCAGGAAUUCGCAGGCUACACGGACGGUGCCUUUUCAUCACAGGCGGUUUUUUUCUUUGAAAAGUAGAAGUUUGACGCAAAAUAAUUUUUUAAGGUGCGUCAGAUGGAAACGAUAAUGGUUCGGGCACUCAAUUGGGCCCUGUCCUCCUUAACUUCUGUUCAUUGGCUCGCCACUUACAUGCAACUGCUAGGGAAAAAAGAGGUACGUACAAAAAUCUUUUAGCGAAAAAUAUCGAGGCGAGUUUUCGUCUUUUGCUGCGAAACAGUACAAAUUGUUGCUUGUGAACAGUUUUUUGCAUUUCGGAGCAAGUGACAUUUUGUUCGAUGCCACAAAAAAAAUGAUACGAUUCUCCUCUUAUAGCUGAUUCACGGCUGGCUUGAACCAUUAAAAAAAGGUCCUGAGACGAUAAGAAAAGAGAUACUGAAUGGUCUGUGGAGAGCGCAGACAGGCUUUUUGUGUCUCAAGCUACCCAUGAAUUGGCUAUACUCCUUGGUCUUCAAAAGCUUCAAUUGAUUCAAUUAGCUCUCUAUGGGACAAAGUUUUAUUUUUUCGAAUUUUCAUCAUCCAAAUUAAGGUGGAACAAGAGUUGUGUGGCGACGAGCAUAUAGUUGAAGAAAGAAGUUCGAUCCCCAACUUUAUGCGCGAAGACUUUAUCCACAUGGCAAAGGUAAGAUGAAAAUGUUCAAUUUCCUUUCUCAGAACGCUCUUAAGAUUCUCGAUCUUCUCCUCUUGGAUACGGGUUCCUUCAAGUUUUCCUACCGCACCGUGGCUGCUGCCGUCCUUUUUGCGUGCUACGAACCUCAUCGCAUGGUCGAACAAGUCACAGGUUGAUCGUACAUUUAUUUUUUCAAUGAAAAGUAUAGCUGAUUCACGGCUGGCUUGAACCAUCAAAAUAAAAGGUCCUGACACGAUUAGAAAAUAAAUAGUGUCUGGUUAGUGGAGAGCUCAGACACGUCACGCCCAAGUCAGCGGUGAAUUGGCUAUAUCUGUCUUUUUAAUAGAACGAUUAUUUACCACUUUUCUAUUUCAGGUUAUAGCUACGAGCGUCUAUACUCGGCUAUUCAAUUUGUCGAACCGUAUGUUGCGGUUUUAGAAGCCCGUCGACUACCUGGGGAUCCUCUUCCUCAAGUUGACAAGGUUAUUUUCUCAUUAUCUCCUUUAUCUCGUUUUUUAUCCAACCUCAAAUUUAUUUAUUCUCGUAAAAUUCACACGAAAAAAACUAGGAACAAGAAGAAAAAUAAACUACUUAGAAAAUAACCUCAUUUUUUCCCAGAUUCCGUCGAGCGAGGUUCAUCGUUAUCAGACGCGGAUGGAUUUCGAUGGCCUUGACGAUAUUAUGGUAAAAUAUUAUUUUCUCUCGAAGCAUGAAAUAAUCGGUAGUGCUUAGGAACUCCAGAGUUAUCCCUAUAGGGGGCAACCUUAAGGACCCCUCUGGGGACAACUGAAGCUUGUAAAAGUGGUCCCCUUAGGAAUUUUGGUAGUGUAGGGCGAAUUCUUAUCGAUAAUUUUUAUGAACGCCAUGGGAAGCAUUUCCAUGCCAAAAAUUAAAUAAAUGAGCGUUUUUGGUCUAAAAAUUGAAAGACCCCUAUAGGGGCCACUUAAGCUUUAGGGCUGAGGGGUCAGAACAAAAAAAAAUGGGGGCUGUUUUUUCCUCUAACUCCUCGGGGCCACUCUGGAAUUUAUAACGCUCCGAAUUCCGGAGUCGAGAUUUUUUUCAGAUUUUUUGUAUUUGUAUAUUUCUUUUUCCUUUUGCUGUUGUCUGUCACAGGGAAUAAGACCUCAUUAUUUGAAUCACUUGGAAUCACUCAGAUUCACCGAAUAUUUUUUUCAGAUUGAAAGAAAGCCACUUUUUAAAAGUUAAGACACCCCAGAUCUAAAACAAGCUUUUUAUCUUUAACUUUUCUCGAACUUUCGCUGUUAAAUCCUUCUUUUUUUGUUACUGUAAUUUUUCUACUUAAAGGUCUCACUCUGAAUGUUCUAAAAACUGAUGAGUUUACAUCUUGAUCACGACGAAAAUCAAUCAUUCUUUUGCAGCGUCUGGUGGAAGAAGAAAGAAAAAACCGCGUUCCGUUUCCGACGCCGAGAAGGGUCCUCCCUACUGGUUAUUCCAACUUGGCUUAG